AUGCCUUUUGGGCUUCCAUCCUCGCUCGCCAGACAGCCUACAGCCAAGCCCUCCACAAAGAUACAGAAGCAGAAGCCGAACAACAAGGCCAAGGGAAAGGUCUCAACUAAGGAAAAGAGGAAGGGGAGAGCUGUUGAUGACCCGAAGACACCCGCAGACGGUCCUGAAGACAGCGACCAGAGUGGAGAUGAUGGCGAUUACGACGAGAAGGGCCAGGAUUCGAAACGGGGUCGAGACGUGGCCCGCCGAUUGAUGGGGUGUCCAUUCUACAAGCUGGAUCCAAUAACGCACUAUCGCUGUGUCGAAAAGCAUAAACUCGUGGGGUUUAACCGGUUGAAACAGCAUAUCGAGCGAUGCCAUUACAUCACCGAGUUUUAUUGUGCGUUUUGCUGGAUAAAGUUCAAAAACGCAGCAUCCCGCGACCGACACAUGCGACUGGAAAGUUGUCAAUCUCGUCCUUGGUCCGAGGACUUCAUGGGCGAUGAGCUUGGUCAACUGCAAAACGAUCUGCCUCGGGGUUUAAGCGACGAAGACAAAUGGUUCUGGGUAUGGGACCAUUUCUUCGCGGGGCAUCCACGGCCAGAGUCACCGUACGUUGUCGAAGGUAUCUGGGAGCCCUUCAGUCUUCUUGUGAGGAUCGCAAGAAGCAAUGUAACCACCGAAGAGUUUGUGAACUGGGCUCAGCUUCAAUACCUCCCGCCUUGGGAAGAUGUUCUCGCCCAGUCACUCACCCUACGCCAUGAACGCGCUCAGAUAUCUAGGCGAGUUCCACUCCAUUCACAGGGCGACACAUCUAUUCCGGUGGAUAACGACGCACACUUGACGGUUCUGGGAUCUACGCUAUCAGGACUGAAUGGAAAUAACAACAUUGUUCCCUUUUUAUUUCCCACGAUGAACUUGGAUCCGAAUAUGCCUUACAGCUCUACAUCGACUGGUUUUCUGGAGCAUGGAGAUCCACAAAGUUUCAACCCAGUGAAUUCAGCCAGCCAAAGCAAUAACAGGAACCCAGCUAUCAUGGAUAUCACAGAUAACAGAGCUCCCCAUGGAAUUCCUCCAUCUGACACAGGCCGUCAGAUCGGGAUGGAAGACAUCAUCGACUUCGACGGCGGGACGGAAAACUCAGGGGUAGAAGUCAGUACGUCGUCAUCGAGACCGUUUGCUUCAUAG